UAGAUAGGUCAUAGUCGUAUUUUUUGCUAAUAUAUUGGGCUUAAAAUUGACAUAGAGGACAAAGAUUAAAUGUGUAUCCCAGACUAUUCUGCAUACAUCCCAGGCGGCCAGUAUUUUUGUAAAGGUGUGCACUGUCGUACUGAUUCUUGACUGUUGCUGUUGUCGCACUCUGGUCGUAAAUCAAGGGAAACAUCGCGUAGCUUACGGCACUAUACUGCAAUUGGCCAGACGAUUCUUACGUUGAAGCUGCCGGUGACUGUAGCGAGAUGCCGGAUAACCGGCGGAAUGAAUAAUAAUGUAUGGAAAGACGAACUAGUGACCAAUGAUAUACAUUUCUGUCAAUUUCAUAUAUCUUGUUUUAGUGCCACUUUGAUACCGCAGUCCAAUGUUCAAGAGCAGGAUUUCCAAGUGGGAAAUGACACAGCUUAGCCAUAUAGCUCGCUAACCAUGAUAGGUUAACGCUAGGUCAUUUGUUGGUUUUGCUGUUUGGUCAACGUUCUAAGAUUGAACUAGUAAUAUGGUCAAUAAUAUAGUAUAGUAUCAAGGAAAAUAGAAAACGUAUUAUUAUAAGAAGAAGGAUGCAUUUGGCAGAUUUCAUUGCUGGCUCAGUUGGAGGGGCCUUUGGUGUAGCUGUGGGUUAUCCGUUGGAUACAGUGAAGGUGAGACUGCAGACGCAACAAAGAUUCACAGGUGUCUGGCAAUGCAUCCUGUCCACUAGUAAAGAGGAAGGGGUCAGGGGCUUUUAUAAAGGCAUGUCGAUGCCCGUUACCACAGUGUCCGUAAGCUCCUCGGUGGUUUUUGGUGUAUACAGAAACGUUCUGCAGUGCCUGCGUCAGCUGCGACACGGCAGUCUAGAGGCGCCCUCAGCCAAACUGGACAUCUUCCUGUCGGGGCUGGCCGGAGGUGUCGCUCAGGUAUCAGUGAUGGCCCCUGCUGACAUUGUAAAAGUGCGACUUCAGUGUCAGACAGAACCAAUCAAGGCCAUGGACCAGCAGUUCAAGCCCAAGUAUCGUGGGCCCAUACACUGCUUGGUCACCAUAGUCCGUGAGGAAGGCUUCUUGGGGCUUUACAAGGGAGCUGGAGCUCUGGCCCUACGAGACGGCCCUUCCUUCGCCACGUACUUUCUCACCUACAACACCAUCUGUGAUUGGCUGACUCCCGAGAAGCAGAGUAAACCAGAGUGGAAGGUGGUGCUGUUAGCUGGUGGAGUGUCAGGCAUGUGUGGCUGGUGCUUCGGGACCCCAAUGGAUGUGAUCAAGGCCCGUCUACAGAUGGACGGCCUGGGAGAGAGGAGAUACAGGGGCUUUUUCCACUGCAUCACGGUCAGCAUUCGAACAGAGGGACCAGGCGUGCUCUUCAAAGGCCUUGGGCUCAACUGCAUACGUGCCUUCCCAGUCAACAUGUCCGUGUUUGGCAUGUAUGAGCUGGUGGUGCGAUUACUACGCCCAGUCUCUUAGAUCGGCAGCAUCCUAAGGUGUAGCAUCAGGAAGUAAUAAGCCACCAGGUGUUUGGGUUACGCCUAUGCACACUGAUUUUACUCUUUGGGCUCCCUUCCUGGCUUGCUGUUUGGCAAUACCAGGAAGGGAACACAAAAUAAUGGAUUAUUACUUUCUCAAUCUGGACUACCUCUCACCUCAAUGUGCCUACAGCAGUAAUUCACUGUUAUAGUACUGGAACAAUACUUUUGCAGUGACUACCUCAUCACACAAUUUGAUGUUUUUAUCAUUAACAUCUAAUCAUUAAUAAGGUUCUCAUUUGAACUAACUAAUUUUAACACUUUAACAUAAUCCUAUUUACUGUAAUUCUUCAUGCUCUGACACAAGAUUUAAUCAUGUUUAAUUAAUCUGCUUGCAGAUGUUUGGUGUAUUAUCUGGAUCCAUAUCAGUGACCUCAUUGUGCUGCUAUUUAAGUCACUCAUUUCAUGCUUGAUUAUAACAAUACAAUUACAUAUCUCACCAUCCCUAUUCAUGUAGAUCUGUGCAUUCAUAUUGAAUACUGAACAAAGUGAAAUGAUCUUGAACUGUACCUCAAAUUAAUGGCAGGAUUUUGUUUUGUUUUUUUACAGUAUUGCUGUAGAAAUUCUUUGGUAAAGGUACAUUCAAAGAUACAUCACAUUCCAUAACACAAACUGAAUAACACAAAGGCUCAUCGUGUCAGUCACAGCUCUCCGCAGUCGGCCAGAGCCUUUGUAAAGAUAAAAACAAAGAAAGUAACAAAAUAAUGGCGGCCUUGUUGUUCACCACUGUAUCAGGCCUAGUUGGUGCUUCCGGAAUGUUUUGUUUGUUACUUUGUCUGCACAAUCAAGGAUCAUCCCGUCAGUCAUCAUUUAAUUUUGUACCCAAGAACUUUUCCUUUGAGGAUGGAUACAUUUAGUUUUAUGAAGUGAUCUUGUUUGGAGUGUUGCUGCCAAAUUCCUGUAAUUUCCCAAGACAAUCCAGCUGUGUUUUGCUAAUUUCCGAUAGUAAUAUAAGAGUUUUAUGGGAUUUAUUUGUAAAUAUUGAUUCACCAUACAAAUAUGUAAUAUAACCUAUUGUGUUGUUCAUAGAACAUCAUAUCUAUAUUAAACUGACAAAUAAAAACUCAAGCAAAAGA